AGCCUCGACUGCUUCACGUUGACCCUAUGUCCCAGAACUACAAGUUCCGGCAGACGUCUCGGGUUAGCGUCAUUGCGCAGGCGCGGUGAUGACGAGCCGGCCGGCUGGUGGAGGGAAUAUGGCGACUUAUGUAGAAAUCAUCCGGCACGAGUUUCCCGAUAUCGACUCCGAGCUUUUCCAAUACGUGACAGGUGUUCUGGAUAGCAGUGCUGCUGAUUUUGAAUCAGUUGAUGAAAUUUUUGAAGCAAUUGGUGAUGUUCUGCAAGAGGUGUCAGUCUCAAAAAAUAAAGAUGAUGUACGAGAGAUUUGUCAAAAAAUGUUUAACACCCUUAAACUCAAUACAUCCAACUCAUCAAAAUCAAAUGUGCUGUUGAAAGCUCCUAUACAGCUCUCGCAAAUGACUGGACAUGCUGACCACAAGACUGAAGAUGUCAAAGGAAUCUGGAUGAUGAGAAGGGAUUUAGGCACGACGGUAGAUGCUAAGAAACUGGAGAAAGCUGAAGCGCGGCUAAAAGCAAAGCAAGAAAAGAGGACGGAGAAGAACUCGCAGAAGACCGCAAAUCCAUUGAUUCUUGAGGAAGCCUCAGCCAGCCAAGCAUCAAACAAGAAGGAAAGCCGUUUGGAAGCAUCAGGAAAGAACAAGUCAUAUGAUAUCAAGAUUGAGAAUUUUGAUGUCUCGUAUGGAGAAAGGAGCUUACUUACUGGCGCCGAUUUGCACCUCGCUUAUGGCAGGCGUUAUGGCUUGGUUGGUCGGAAUGGCUUAGGGAAAACAACGCUACUGAAGAUGAUGUCAGCGCGGAGCCUACGCAUCCCAUCACACAUCAGCAUCUUGCAUGUGGAGCAGGAGGUGGUGGGCGAUAACACACAGGCACUCCAGAGUGUGCUGGAGUGUGACACAGUGCGCGAAAGCCUGCUACAGAAAGAGAAAGAAUUGACGGCAAAGCUGAACAGUGGGGUGGGCGAUGGUUCAGAGAGCAGCAAGCUAACAGAAAUUUAUUCAAAAUUGGAGGAGAUUGAGGCAGACAAGGCACCAGCCAGGGCCUCAGUUAUUCUGGCUGGUUUGGGGUUCAGUUCCAAGAUGCAGCAACAGAUGACCAGGGAGUUCUCUGGAGGCUGGAGGAUGAGGUUGGCUUUGGCCAGGGCACUGUUUGCCAAGCCGGAUCUUUUGUUACUAGAUGAACCUACAAACAUGUUGGAUGUGCGAGCCAUCCUAUGGUUGGAAAACUACCUACAGACCUGGCAAUCCACUAUCUUGGUGGUGUCGCAUGAUCGCAACUUCCUAAAUGCCGUGGCGACCGACAUUGUUCAUUUGCACUCUCAGCGCCUGGAAACCUACCGGGGUGACUAUGAAAACUUUGUAAAGACCAAAGAGGAAAGAUUGAAAAAUCAGCAGCGCGAGUACGAAGCUCAGCAGCAGUACAGAGAGCACAUACAGGUGUUCAUAGACAGAUUCCGAUACAAUGCCAACAGAGCUUCUCAAGUACAGAGCAAGUUGAAACUGCUGGAGAAACUGCCAGAGCUGAAACCUCUUGAAAAGGAACUGGAGGUGACUAUAAGAUUUCCUGACAAUUUUGAGAAGUUGUCCCCUCCAAUAUUACAGUUGACUGAAGUGGACUUCAGCUACUCCCCUGAGCAUCGCAUUUUUGUAAAUCUGUCUGUGUCAGCUGACCAGGACUCGCGGAUUUGCAUUGUUGGAGAGAACGGGGCUGGUAAAACAACACUGUUAAAGAUACUGCUUGGAGACCUGACACCGGUUCAGGGUAUCAGACAUGCUCAUAGAAAUUUAAAAAUUGGCUAUUUUAGUCAGCACCACGUGGACCAGUUGGAAAUGAACGUCAGCUCAGUCGAACUCUUGGCAUCGAAGUUUCCAGGGAGGCCAGAGGAGGAAUACCGACACCAGCUCGGUGGCUAUGGGAUAUCAGGAGACCUGGCUGUCCGGCCAGUUGCCAGUUUGUCUGGAGGACAGAAGAGUAGAGUGGCAUUUGCACAGAUGACAAUGGCCCAGCCCAACUUUUACAUCCUGGAUGAACCUACAAACCAUCUUGACAUGGAGACCAUUGAGGCAUUGGGAAACGCACUACAAAAAUUUAAGGGUGGAGUGAUCCUGGUAUCUCACGAUGAACGGCUGAUCCGUAUGGUGUGCAAGGAGCUGUGGGUGUGCGGCUGUGGUACUGUGAAGCGAGUGGAUGGUGGCUUUGACGAGUAUAAAGACAUUCUCCAGGAACAAUUUCGCAAAGAAGGAUUUCUAUGAGACUGCAAUCUUCAGCCCAGCUACUUUCCGAACUGGGCUGCGAGGACAGACUGUCACUGACUUGCUGCUUUCAUCAAGCGAGGCUGUGAUUAUGGCCCACUUUUGGCAUCUCCCUCCCAUUUCCUCACUUCAAGGAAUUGAUCGCUCUUGGUUCCCCAGACUAGCAACCAGAGAUUUGUUUACACUAUUCCAGCCUUGGAACUUUUAUUACUAUUUGUUUAUCUAUAAAUUAGUACACUGAUCAAUUAAACAAACCCCUCAACCUCUUCUACACCCUUCCCUGCUAAAUACAUGUAAACCAUGCUAUCAGUUGGAAACCUGCAAUGAUUGCAGUUCAAUGCAAUAACCUAUUGCUAAUAUAACAAUUAAUAAAUAUUUUUCCCUCCUCAUUUUCAAAAGUCCAGUUCCUAUCAAUGAUGUUUAUGGGCACAAAUAAAUUUGAAAUUCAGUUUGGUUUGGGGAAAUGUUUGUGUGCAGAUGGCUUGAACAUCAUAUUCAGUGGUGGCCCCAGCCAAUAUUUGGGUUUUGAGGGGGCCCUGUUAAACCUUCAAACAAUUCUCAUUUGCUGCUGCUUUCCCAUUGCUUGAUGCUGACUGGAUCAGUUCUGGUAACAUUCCCAGAACCUGCAGUCAAGACAACACCGAGCUAGAUUCUAGCCAACAGGCGAAGUCAUUUUGAGUGCUGAAGGAUGUUCCUUUCUGUGCUGUAACAGUGUCUUUGUGUUCUGCUGUUGGAUGUGUCUAGAAUGCUCUACGUCACCGGGCUACAUUAAGUGGACUUUUUCUCAAACUGAGUAAUACUGGCAAAUCAUUUGACUACUAUAAACAUUUUAAAACAUUGAA